AUGUAUUCCAACCAUCUACCUCCGCCGCAACAACAGCAGCAUCAGUCGCCUGAGCAAAUGUCGCGCUCUGUUGCUCCCGAAACUUUCCUACUCGAUCAAAAUGCGCAGCAGAGCUUGCCGCCAGACUCCGUCGUCGCCCUAACCAACGUCGACAAUCUUAAGUAUUUCCUCUUGUCUGCACCCGCGGACUGGAGCCCCGAUCAGUGCAUGAAAAGAUUUCUACUACCAACUGGAGAAUAUGUCUCUUGCGUACUAUGGAACACGCUUUACCAUAUCACCGGUACGGACAUUGUGCGCUGCCUGACAUUUCGCUUCCAAGCCUUUGGAAGACCUGUGAAGAACUUGAAGAAGUUCGAAGAGGGCAUCUUUUCCGAUUUGCGCAAUCUCAAAUCGGGCACUGAUGCAUCCCUGGAGGAGCCCAAGAGCCCUUUCUUGGACUUCCUCUACAAGAACAACUGCAUUCGCACCCAGAAGAAGCAGAAGGUCUUUUAUUGGUUUAGUGUUCCUCAUGAUCGCCUUUUCCUUGAUGCGCUCGAGCGUGACUUGAAGCGGGAAAAGGUGGGCCAGGAAGCUACCACAACCGCCGUCAGCGAGCCUGCGUUGUCCUUCGAAUACGAUCAAUCGCAGUCCCUGUUCGAACAGCUCACCAAAGCUCAACAAGGUACCCAGUCGGCCUUCAACCUACAACUGCAGUCAUUGCCCAACGGUGAAUCGCCAUCGCCUACUACUCGCGCCACCGAAUCCAUGCCGCCGCCUUCUUUAAUUCCGCAACAGCAGCAAUCAAUGCUUCAAGCAUCUUUUGUCAAUCACAUUUCACAACACAGUAUGCCAUCAGCCGUGCCAGAUGAUUCAAUGAUGCAUGUGCCAACCUUUUCGCAGAUGGCUCUGCCUCACCAGAUGCAUCAGAUGCCUCCGAUGCCCACUCAAAUCCAUAAGACUCGUGAACAGUCUAUCGGCCCAGUGCUACACCGCACCAAUGCGCACCUCUCGCACUCCAUCCACCGACAUAGUUCCAUGCCAGUAUACAUGGAAUACUCUCCCGCGCCCUCAUUUGCUUCAUCUCAUUAUGAGGACUACAGCCAGCGAGGACUUUCGUUUGAGCCCAUCACGCCACCACAGCAAUCCAUCAAUCUUGGCAACGAAGCGGCUUACAUCGCUCACGAGGAUCCCACGUUUCAGGCCGGUAUGUCUGAAACCAUGACACAACAGUUCAACCCAUACAUGCCCCUUCAAAACAACAUGUCUGGAGCACACUUUCCAUCCAUGACGCGCAAUUGCCAGACCCAGUCCUCAUUUUCAGCACUGGACGGGUCACCGACCUACCAGCAACGUCAACGCGGUUCUUCUCUCAGUCGGGGUAUGACCAACUUGAGCUCGAUCUCCACAGCUGGUGUUACGCACGGUGUUCACCGUCCAAGUGACUUACGUCGUUCCAUGUCCGCUUCGGUUGCGCCGAUUCCGGAAGGAGAGGAGGUCACAUCUUACGACGAUUCUCCCACGGAUGUCCACAUUCCUCAUCAAUCCUUGCAACAAAUGAAGGACCACAAAGAGACUUACGACUCGUCACGCCACAGCACUCCAAUGCAAACUCCCAUUUCUGCUAUCGAGGAUCAGAGCCUCCAGCACGCUCACCCACGAGCCAUGAUCGCUAACCCUAUCUCCACCGACGAGUUCUCCGCACUGCGAGCCACUGCUGGCUCUUCAUAUCAGCACCGCCAGCAGCCGAAUGGCCCUUUCCGCCGUGCUCGCAGUGCCACAACUUCGGAGAUUGGACCGUACUCAACGAUGCCCUCUCGUUGCUGUCCCAUUCCCAUGUGCAGUCGGCGAUUCAGGCGGACGGAGCACCUGAAACGACACUUGCGUACCCACACUGGGGACAAGCCUUACAGCUGUGACCUCUGUGGUAAAUGCUUCUCCCGGUCCGACAAUCUUUCGCAGCAUCGCCGCACCCACGAGACCAGCCAAGACGGAUCCGCGCUAUCGGAAGAGGAGAUGAUUGAGGAGGAGGAUACUUCUGUUGAGGAUGCCGGUGCGGAUGAGACUGAGUCAGGUGCCCUAGGCAUCAUGAUGGGUGGUGGCGCUGCAGCCACAACGGACGAACUUUCAUAUUCCGGCAUCGGUAUGAACACGAGCUCCAUGAACCAGCUUCCGCAUCUCUCGGGUCACGGCAACUUGCACAACAUGGCGGUCGGGGAUAUGGGCCCACCACCUAUGGUGAUGGCGGGCACAUACCAGUGA